AUGGAUGUGGCAUGCCCGGCCGGUUGCGAAUUAACAAUACAGAAAGAAAAGAAAGAAACUGAAGACUUCUCCCUCUCGUUCGUGGACAAUCGCCGGCAACUUCUUCCUGUUCGUCGAGUGCUGCCGUCGCCGACCGGCGCUGCCGUCGCCGACCUUCUUCUCCGGCGCACAUUCCCUUCUCUCUCUCGGCCUUUUGCUCGAUUCUUCCCUAAAAAGAUCGAAAUGUUGUCUAAUAGAGAAUGGAUGUACACAAAGAGACUCGAUAAUUGUCGUUUGUUUAAUCCACAAUGGCCACAUUAUGUUAAUUUGUUUUUGGAUUUUGCUUAUGCGAACGCAACAAACAUCCAACAUAUCAUUAGGGAAGGGGUGGAAGUUUUUGAAAUUAGAUGUCCGUGUGCGAAAUGCAAAAAUAUUUAUUACCUUCCGAGAGAAUUAGUUUUUAGCCAUCUUGUUAACCGAGGCUUCAUGAAUGGUUAUACACAAUGGUAUUUACAUGGAGAAAAAUAUCCAACACUAGAGAUAGGUCAAUGUUCAAACCCAAUUUCACCUCAACACAUGGGUCCAAGUUCGAAUAUUGAAACAGUUCAACACAUUAAUAACGAUUUUAGUGAUUAUCAUAGAUACGAGGAGAUGGUUAUCGAUAGCAUGCACCAACCUGAGGCUUCGUAUUAUCAACAAACACCACAACACCCAAAUCGUGAAGCCCAAAAUUUUUAUAAAGUUUUGAAACAAGCGAGUGAGCCUUUAUGGGACGGGUGUACAAAAACUUCCACACUCUCUGCCACCACUAGAUUAUUGGAUUGGAAAUCCCAAUCUAAUGUUUCAGACACGUCAUUUGAUACACUUCUUUCAAUUGUUAAAGAAAUUCUACCAACUGGCGAGAAGCUUCCUAAUAGCUUCUACGAGACCAAGAAAAUGUUGAAGCCACUAAAAAUGCCUUCAGAACGGAUUCAUGUAUGUAUAAACCAUUGCAUGCUAUUCAGGGGCCAGUUUGCUGAUUUGGAUCAUUGUGUAGUAUGUGGAGAAAAUAGAUACAAAGCCAAAGGGAGAAAGGUUCCUAAUUUGGUCAUGACUUACAUGCCGAUUGGACCGAGACUCCAAAGGCUCUUCUAUUCAAGGAAGACGGCCAAAUAUUUAACUUGGCAUGCAGAUCAUUUAGUAUAUCCAGAAAAGAUGAUACAUCCCAGUGAAGGUGAAGCAUGGAAUCAUUUUGACAGAAAAUUUCCUGAUUUUGCAAAUGAGAAGCGCAACAUACGUCUCGGGUUGUGCACUGAUGGGUUUAGUCCUAAUAAUUCAAACACGACUCCCUAUUCGUGUUGGCCAGUGUUUCUCACUGUUUACAACCUACCCCCUUGGUUGGCUUUUAAACAUCAAUACAUACAACUUCCAUUGAUUAUUCCUGGGAAGAAGAGUCCCGGACAGAAUUUGGAUGUUUUUUUACAACCUUUGGUGGACGAGUUGAAGAUGCUGUUCACAGAUGGCAUUGAAACUUAUGACGCUCAUCGAAAGACCAAUUUUCAGAUGAAGGUUGUACUUCUAUGGACAGUUAGUGACUUCCCUGCUGAUGCAAUGUUGUCCGGAUGGAGCACUCAUGGUAAUUUAGCCUGUCCAUAUUGCAUGCACCAAACAGAAUCAUUUCGACUUUCCAACGGACAAAAAUCGUGUUGGUUUGACUGUCAUAGAAAACAUCUACCCGAAAGACACGUAUUCCGAAAUGAUACAGUUAAUUUCUUAAAAGGCAAGAAAGUGAAGGGUCAUGAAGUGCCUGUUCCAUACCCAACCGGAGAAUAUAUUUGGGAGCAAAUCCAACAUUUUCCCACUGUAUACAACGGUACUCCCUAUGGUCCAAAUUAUAUAAAACCAAAAGGUUUUGGUAUUACACAUAACUGGGUAAAGAAGAGCAUCUUUUGGGAGCUUCCAUAUUGGCGUCACCUGUUGAUCCGACACAACCUCGAUUUGAUGCAUGUUGAGAAGAAUUUUUUUGAAAAUAUGUUUCAUAUUUCGAUGGGUGCCCCAAAGUCCAAAGACAAUAUGAAGGCAAGAGAGGAUAUUGAGAUGCUAUGUGACCGACCUAUACUAAACCCCAUUAGGGACAACAAUAGGAAGCCUAGGAAGAACCCUGGAAAGUACACAUUGACAAAGGAACAAGUUAAAAAAGUAUGUGAUUGGUUGAAAGAACUAAAAUUUCCUGACGGAUAUGCAUCAAAUAUAGGUAAUUGUGUAAACACCAAAGAUUACAGUUUUUAUGGUUUCAAAAGCCAUGACUGUCAUGUGUUUAUGCAACGGUUGCUUCCCCUAGCUAUAAGAGGUUUUGUUCCAACAAAGAUAUAUGAGGCCGUAUCAGAGAUAUCCAUGUACUUUCGAGUAUUGUGCUCGAAAACGUUGCAUCUUCAGGACUUGUUCGAUAUGAAACGUUGUAUUAUUCAGACCAUGUGCAAGUUGGAGCAAAUAUACCCUCCUAGCUUCUUUGAUUCCAUGGAACACCUGGUCAUACAUUUAGCUGAUGAAGCUAUUGUUGGUGGUCCGGUACAUUACAGAUGGAUGUACCAAUACGAGAGGAAACUGGGCAUAAUUAAAAGAAGAAUCAGGAACAAAGCACGAGUUGAGGGUUCAAUAGUCAAUGAACAUCUAGUGAAUGAACUCGCUACCUAUUGUUCGUUAUAUUUUGACCCGACGAUUGAGACACGCCAUAAUCGAGAAGCACGGAAUUUUGCACCACAAAGUCACAGGUUUUCGAGUGGUGGAGCUCCACUUAGCAUCUUUGUCGUCCCAUCAAGAAGAUUAUAUGAAAAAAGUGGAAAACGAAAACCCUUAAGUGAUAAAGUCCUUCACAAGGCGCACACUUACAUAUUACUUAAUUGUAAAGAAGUUAACCCUUACAUCAUCGAGUUUGAUGAAAUGGUCAUAAGAACGAAUCCAAAUGAAUCAGUUUCUGAUUUAAGAGAUAAAUACUUUGCUGAAUGGUUUGAGGACAGAAUAAUGUAUAAGACACCCGAUGGAAGUGCUAGACACUUAGAAGUUAUAGCUACGAAACCAUCGAGACAUGCUUAUUUUCAUAAUGGUUAUUUUGUAAAUGGUUAUAAGUUCCACACUCAACAAUACGGCGAGGGUCGUGCGACAAAAAACUUUGGAGUAUGUGUUAGAGGGGAGACGUAUAAUGCCAAACAAGAGUCAGACUACUACGGCAUAUUGCAAGAGAUCUUAGAGAUUGAGUAUUAUAGCAGCGGACCGUCGACUGUUGUACUGUUUAAUUGUAUUUGGUUUGAUAACAAAGACGGUGUAAUAGUCAACAAAAACAAGUUGGUUGAUGUUAAACCCAAAUCUCGACUUCAAACUGACGAUCCUUUUUGUUUGGCAUCACAAGCUGAACAAGUAUUUUAUACACCAUACCCUUCAAUGACAAAUGAGACGAAAGAUAAGUGGGCGGUUAUCAAAACAAAACCAAGAGGGGUAUUUGAAGUCACCGAAGCUGAAAUGGAAGCAGAUGAAGUCUUUCAGGUUGAAGAACGGUUUGAGUCACCCCUUACUGUAACUCGUGUGGAACCACUGUGCCUAGCCUCAACUAUAAAUACAUAUGAGCAAAUAUCUGAUGAAGAGAAUGAGAGAAUUGAGGAGGAAGACGAAGAAGUGGAAGAUUUUGAAGACGGAGGUGAUGAAAACGAGUUUUAUUAUUCAGAAGAAGAAUUUGAGGACGAAGAUGAUGGGGACGAAUGUUAG